UUAGACGCGUGAGGAAACAAAUUGGCUUAAUUUCAAUUUCGGGUAAAGGAUUGAGGAGAUGCCUGGCUAUUAACAUGUGGCUUCUCUGACUAUAAGAAGAGUUGACGGUGUAAGGUAUGUGACUUCUCUUUGUGGUGGCCCCACGCUUAAUCCGUCAGCAGAAACAGAAGCUUUGCAGUCAUCAGCUGCUGCAGGAAAAAGUCCUUGCCAUGUCUUUAGUAGAGGAUAUUCUGGAUGUGCUGCGCUUGGUCCUGGACUAUUUUGGUGUACCUCCAGAAAUGCUUGUUCCUGUGUGGGACUCUCAGCUGUGCGGUCAGUAUCGCAGCAUUGUACGAAUGAUCGGCACGAAUCUCCCUCUGAAGCCCGCUCCACGUGUCCAUUUUCAGAUUCCCCUGGUUACUUAUAAGCAUCAUGGAUUCAUUGAAGUAGAAGCUGAUGCACCCGCCAUACCGACAUUUGCAGAUGUCGUGUGGGUGUUUGACUACGAGGGUGAGAGCUUUGCCAGAACCAGGAACCAUUUACCUCCAAAGAAAGAUGGCAUUUUUAGUCAAGACUUGAUGAGAUUUCCCAGGCUGCCUCAGAAUCAAGCUGAGGGAAGAGGAGGAGGAGGGUGUGUGCGACAGAGGGUUGAUCCUGAAGCCCUGCAGAAGAUCACCCAGCUGGAGAGUGAGCUGCUCAAGCUUCGGGCUCAGAUCGCCAUGAUUGUUACUGCAGCUCCAUCCUCAGCUCUGACUGAGACCCAGAAUACUCCAUUUUCACCUCUGAUGUCCCCUGCUCCACUCCCGGCUCUCACCUCCACACCUCGUCAUGCUCCUCCCCCUCCUCCACCACCUCCUCCACCGCCGCCUCCUUGCCAAAGCUCCUUCAGCGAGAAAUCAUCUGUGAUGGAUCUGAUCAAAGAGCGCAGGAACAACAACUCUAAUAAGGGUCAGCUUCAGGCCCAGCACUCAGGGCUCAGCAAAAACAUGGAAAACAAACUGAUUCCUUCAAUGCUGGACGUUCUGAGGGAUUUAAAUCAAGUCAAACUGCGCUCAGUUCAGAGAAGCAGAGUGAUGGAUGAAUUUUUGACCUUUCAAUUUGGCAGUGUCUGAAAAGAAUAAAGGCAAUUUUUGUUUAAAAUUUUCAGAAUUAAGAUCUGUUGACUUGUGAAUAAAAACUAUUUGCAAUUCAAAUUUGAUUUUGAGGGGGGCCGGGGGGGGAACAAUAGUAAUUGAUUUAAGGAAUUAAAUGUCAUUUUCAUUAUACAAAGAUCUAAUCACUAAUGACUAGAUUAGUGAAAAAUCUAAUAAUAAAAAAAGGUGGAAAAAACAGAUAAGCUAAUUCUGCUCUAAACACCUAAUUGAAUUAGGACAUUUUUAACUAAGAGAAUGAAUGUGCAAAAUAAUAAAUCAAUUUUUUGAAGAUCUAAUCUUUCUGAAAGUUUCAAAUAAACUAAAGAAAGGGAUUCAUGAACUAAUUUUGAAUUUUGUUUAAUCUGUGAGUAAACCUUAAGAGGGAAUUGGAACAGAGGUUCAGAACCAUCUUUCUUACGUCACCAGAAAUCUUCUUGCCUUUUUAAAGAAGUUUUUUUGGUGGAUUCCGUCUCUCUUUUUGCUGAGUAUCAGAAGCUGUCUCACGCAGCAGCGAGAGGCAGGAGUUGUUAUGGGGGCAUGUUUAGCCGGUCAGAACUUGCAAUAACCAAGUAAAAAAUCAAUUAUAAAAAUAUAAUAAAUUGCAUUAUUUCCCCACAACACCUUCUUUAGAUACCAGAGAAAAGUUGAGUUGAUGUUCCACCAAAGGUAUUUUAAAAGAACUUUGAGAAAAGCAUUUCUUGAAUUUGAAAGUUCCAAUCUGAAGUAUUUGCGUGCGCUUCACUCCUUGUUUAACUG